UCUCAAAACGGGGAGUGAUCUUCUACUGUAUAGACUGACUGUUUAGUUAAAGUGUUCAGUUAGGCCUGUAUUAUUCGUGGGUAAAUUAGGAUCGUAGAAGAUAAUGCAUAUGUUACUGAACGAUCAUCAUAUAUGCGACGCAGAAUACUGGAGAUUAUUUUUGUUCGUAAAAAGUUAUAUAUUCAGGUCUUCAUAGUUUUAUUGAUAAUAUUGAUGUCAAGAUAGGGCGAAAAUUGUGGACGCUCUGGAACAACAGUGCUUUCAUUCGCGACCUGAUUUUUGGAUGACACUGUGUGAGAGGGGUACGCUGGACGAAUGAGUUCAUGGAUUUACACAGACUGUCAUCUUGUGAAAUGUCAUUCAACUAAACCGUAUAUGAUCAGAAAGCAACGGAAAAUAUAUUGUAGUUUAAAUUUUCAACGGGACAAACUAUCCUCUCAGAAACAACGGAAUCCAUGAGGGAUUUAUAUCAGGGGACAGUUGCAAGGGAUUCAAAAUGAAGCUGAAAUCUUCUCGAUUAGGUUAUCUGUUGCUCCAAUUAAUGACGCUGUUUUUUUACACACAGACAGCCAUGCAGUCUGUGUCCGUCCCGAAUUUCAAGCACCAUGUAACGGAACACAGCCGUUUAUCGGACAGGAUGAGUCGAAGAUUAACGAGAACGUAUCAGCUGUACAGUCGGACGAGCGGAAAGCAUGUCCAGGUCCUUGGAAACAAGAGAGUCGUCGCAAACGGCGAGGAUGGUGAUAUCCACGCCAAACUCAUUGUGGAGACGGACACGUUUGGGAGUCGGAUUCGCAUCCGCGGGGCCAAAACAGGCUUCUACAUAUGUAUGAACAAGAAAGGAAAGCUGGUUGGGCGGCGGAAGGGCCGUGGCAGGGACUGCAUCUUUACUGAGAUUGUCCUGGAAAACAACUACACGGCAUUGCAGAAUGCCAAAUACAAAGGCUGGUACAUGGCCUUCACGCGCAAGGGCCGGCCCAGGAAGGCCGCACGUACCCGUCAGCACCAGCGGGAGGCGCACUUCAUGAAGCGUCUGCCCCGUGGGCACUUGCUAACGGAGCCCAGACCCUUCGACGUCGUCCCCUAUCAGUUCAGCAAGCGGUCUAAAGCAGGUCAUCGGCCUGGCGUGAACUGAGGACAACCACUGGCACAUGCAUGCACACUAACACACACACACACACACAAACAGACAUGUACACUGCCACUUAUUGCAGAGCAAGGAAACACUUCUCUAUGAAGACCUCUCAGUCCUCUUGUACAAUAGCUUGAACAAUCAAACAAGAAUGCUAUCUUAUUUUGAGUGUAAGUCUAAGUUAAAUGCAGAUUUACAAAACAUCCCCACAGACUCAUGAAGAGACGAAAUUGUUUUUCUCCUUGCUGUUGCUGUCUUUCUUGAGCAGCUGUAACAGAAGCAAAAUUAAGAAACCUAGGCAUAAGCCUAGAAACUGUUGUGAAAUCAGCUUAAAUUGAGAAGACAAUGUUAAACUAAUCAGGAAAGGCCACUGGUUAAUUAAUAGUUGUCGGCGGAUCUCUGGGAAUGGGACAGUACAAUACACACAUGGCAGCUACCGUACACUGAUCAAUCGCAGUCACAUGAUUCAGCAACCUCUCCGGUGAACUUACAGAAGUUCAUUUAUGAAGUCUUUCAAGAUGCAUCCGUCUCCUCUCCAUUCUCAAUUUGAAUAUAUAUUUUUAUUAGAAAAAGUUUUAAAAGGAUGGAAAUAUUUAUUGUAGAGUGUGUAUUAAAUCUGUAAGUGUACUGAUUCAGAAUGUUUCUCUUUUCAUUUAGAGUGA